UCUUUGGCUUCCUUUGCUUUGCUUUUUUGCGGCACUUUGUCACGCAAAAUCAAUCGAACGAAUCAAACGCGUUCUUUGGUCUGUGCUGUUUUUUGCUUACAAUUUCUAGUGAAACAAGUUGUAAAAUCGAAACUUGGCUUUAAAUUGUUUGUGAACGAUGGAAGAGCAAAUCUAUAACAAUUUCAACCCAACCCGUUGCAACGUUUGCUACACCCGAGCCACCGAACACCGGCUGAUUCUCAUAGACCAAAAAGUGCGGUUCUGCAAAGGAUGCCGCCUCAUUGGUUAUUGUGGGGAAAAGCACCAGAAGGAGGAUUGGAAGAACCACAAGGACUUCUGUCGUGCCGUUACGAAGAUCUUGUCUAUGAAGAAAAUCGACCACAUCAUCGAAGUGCGGAACGAAAACGAGAAGAUUAUCGGUGGAACACGGCGGGACUUGGAAUGUGCCAUCUCUCUGGCGGAAUGUCUGAUCAUCUCAAUACUGCAGCGGAAGCUCUUCCAGUAUGAGUACACUAUGCUGCGGUUUCCCAACGUGUGCCAUGUGUGCUUCGAGUAUGAUAUAAGCAAACUGAAGCCGUGUGACGAGUGCCGCCAAAUAUUUUACUGCAGCGAAGAACAUCGCUUGCAGGACGCCGGCAAGCAUGUCAAAUGGUGUGAUAUGUACCGGAUCAGUAUGCUCCUGGAUGCAGAUUGCCCAUCUCGAUUGGAGUCAUUUGGAUUUCCGAAACUAAACGCAUUCAAGUUGGUGAAAUUUCCAUCGGACACCUUUGAGCUGGUGAACUUAGCAUACUCUGCUAAUAUUCCUCGCAAACCAAGAUCAGUAAACGACCUAAAUGAUCUCAAGUUCGUGUCCAAUUAUUCUCACAUCAGUACAAUCCUGUAUGCAUUGAAUAUUACCAACAUGCAUGAGGAAUUGGAUCAAUCGCUGACCAUUUACGUGGUCGGUGCUGAGGACGAAAUUGUCUACUUCGAUUACAAUACCUGCUCGGUGAUUUUCACCUUCAUGCCACACAUUCGGGAAGUGAUAAUUCAUUUCAUCGGCCCUGCCCUCAGCUCGAUCAAAGAUGAAAUCGAACUCAACUACGAGGGUGCUCGAUCGAUUAAGAUGCACUACCACAAAGGAUUUUUCCACGCCUUGGAACCGGUGGAUUCGAUGGAACGGCCACACAUCAUCGUCAGCUUCAACUGCGGUUUCCACGAGCACAUCGAUUCAAACAAGGAUACCUGGACCCACACCCUGGCUCGAUUGAUCCGGUUCGUCAACAUUCCAAUCAUGUUUACGUCAUACACCCGGGAGGAGGCAUGCCAGGAUUGUGCAAUCAUCUACAGCAUUGGUAAGCGAUCGCUUAAGAAAAAGGAGCUAGUGUUUGUCAAACGCGCCAUCGACAAUCCGUACAAAGACUUCAAACCGUUGCGCAAUACAAAUCACAUGGACGAAUCCGACGAGCUGUACUAUUCCAAUGGAUACAUUAGUUUGGUAAUUAGUCGCAUACCCUGAAGGGACAUGUUCACGGGUACAUGCUGUCUCUAAAUGUCUGACGCAUUCCUUUCGUUGCAUUCAGUACAAAGCGGUAAGUGGUAUUUUUUAUUCUAGUUUUUAUUGUUUAUGUUUAAAGUUUUAUGAAAUGAGCUGCUUCUACUCAAAGAGUAAACGUGCAUUAAAAGUGAAUUUAUAUCUGUAUAACUGCUAACACGGUCGAUUUAUUUUAACUAAACAGA